AUGGCGGGCGCCAGGCCCGGCGUCCACGCGCUGCAGCUGGAGCCGCCCACCGUGGUGGAGACCCUGCGGCGCGGGAGUAAGUUCAUCAAAUGGGACGAGGAAGCCUCCAGUCAGAACCUGGUGACCUUGCGAGUGGACUCCAAUGGCUUCUUCCUAUACUGGACAGGACCCAACAUGGAGGUGGACACACUGGACAUCAGUUCCAUCAGGGACACGCGGACGGGUCGUUAUGCCCGCCUGCCCAGGGACCCCAAGAUCCGCGAGGUGCUGGGUUUUGGGGGGCCUGAUGCCCGGCUAGAAGAGAAGCUGAUGACAGUGGUGGCUGGGCCAGACCCAGUGAACACAACAUUCUUGAACUUCAUGGCCGUGCAGGAUGACACAGCCAAGGUCUGGGCUGAGGAGCUGUUCAAGCUGGCUAUGAACAUCUUGGCUCAGAACGCCUCCAGGAACACCUUCCUGCGCAAAGCAUACACAAAACUGAAGCUGCAGGUAAACCAGGAUGGACGGAUCCCAGUUAAGAACAUCCUGAAGAUGUUCUCAGCAGACAAGAAGCGGGUAGAGACUGCACUGGAGUCCUGUGGCCUCAAUUUUAACCGGAGCGAGUCCAUCCGGCCUGAUGAGUUUUCCUUGGAAAUCUUUGAACGGUUCCUGAACAAGUUGUGUCUUCGGCCGGACAUUGACAAGAUCCUGCUGGAGAUAGGUGCCAAGGGUAAGCCAUACCUGACGCUGGAGCAGCUCAUGGACUUCAUCAACCAGAAGCAACGGGACCCAAGACUCAAUGAAGUGCUGUACCCACCGCUGGGGCCCUCCCAGACCCGGCUGCUCAUUGAGAAGUAUGAGCCCAACCAGCAGUUCCUGGAGCGAGACCAGAUGUCCAUGGAGGGCUUCAGCCGCUACCUGGGCGGUGAGGAGAACGGCAUCCUGCCCCUAGAGGCCCUGGAUCUGAGUGCAGACAUGACCCAGCCGCUGAGCGCCUACUUCAUCAACUCCUCACACAACACCUAUCUCACAGCGGGACAGCUGGCUGGGACCUCGUCGGUGGAGAUGUACCGCCAGGCGCUGCUGUGGGGCUGCCGCUGUGUGGAGCUGGAUGUGUGGAAAGGGCGGCCGCCGGAGGAGGAGCCCUUUAUCACCCACGGUUUCACCAUGACCACGGAGGUGCCACUGCGGGAUGUGCUGGAGGCCAUCGCUGAGACCGCCUUCAAGACCUCGCCCUACCCGGUCAUCCUCUCCUUCGAGAACCACGUGGACUCGGCAAAGCAGCAGGCCAAGAUGGCCGAGUACUGUCGCUCUAUCUUCGGGGAUGCGCUACUCAUUGACCCACUGGACAAGUACCCGCUGGCCCCGGGCGUCCCCUUGCCCAGCCCCCAGGACCUGAUGGGCCGCAUCCUAGUGAAGAACAAGAAGCGGCACCGGCCCAGCACUGGCGUCCCCAGCAGCUCUGUGCGCAAGCGGCCGCUGGAGCAGAGUAACUCGGCGCUGAGCGAGAGCUCCGCCGCCACGGAACCCUCCUCGCCCCAGCUCGGGUCCCCCAGCUCCGACAGCUGCCCCGGCCUGAGCAACGGGGAGGAGGCAGGCCUAGAGAAACCCAGCCUGGAGCCUCGGAAGUCUCUGGGUGAGGAGGGGCCACAGCGGGGCCCUGAUCUUGGACCUGCUGACCGUGAGGAGGAGGAGGAGGAGGAUGAAGAGGAGGAACAGUCAGACCCCAAAAAGCCGACCACAGAUGAGGGUACUGCUAGCAGUGAGGUCAAUGCUACUGAGGAAAUGUCAACACUCGUCAACUACAUCGAGCCUGUCAAGUUCAAGUCCUUUGAGGCUGCUCGAAAGAGGAACAAGUGCUUCGAGAUGUCAUCCUUCGUGGAGACCAAGGCCAUGGAACAGCUGACCAAGAGCCCUAUGGAGUUUGUGGAAUACAACAAGCAGCAGCUCAGCCGCAUCUACCCCAAGGGCACCCGUGUGGACUCAUCGAACUACAUGCCCCAGCUCUUCUGGAAUGUGGGCUGCCAGCUCGUGGCACUCAACUUUCAGACCCUGGAUGUGGCGAUGCAGCUCAACGCAGGCGUGUUCGAGUACAAUGGGCGCAGUGGCUACCUGCUCAAGCCUGAGUUCAUGAGGCGGCCAGACAAGUCUUUUGACCCCUUCACCGAGGUCAUCGUGGACGGCAUCGUGGCCAAUGCCUUGCGGGUCAAGGUGAUCUCCGGACAGUUCCUGUCCGACAGGAAGGUGAGCAUCUACGUGGAGGUGGAUAUGUUCGGCCUCCCCGUCGACACGCGUCGCAAGUUCCGAACUCGGACCUCUCAGGGGAACUCUUUCAACCCCGUGUGGGAUGAGGAGCCCUUUGACUUCCCCAAGGUGGUGCUGCCCACUCUGGCUUCGCUGCGCAUCGCGGCCUUUGAGGAGGGUGGCAAAUUCGUGGGGCACCGGAUCCUGCCUGUCUCUGCCAUCCGCUCAGGAUACCACUACAUCUGCCUAAGAAACGAGGCCAACCAGCCACUGUGCCUGCCGGCCCUGCUCAUCUACACGGAGGCCUCCGACUACAUCCCUGACGACCACCAGGACUACGCAGAGGCCCUGAUCAAUCCGAUUAAGCACGUCAGCCUGAUGGACCAGAGGGCCAAGCAGCUGGCUGCCCUCAUUGGCGAGAGGGAGGCUCAGGCUGGCCCGGAGACAUGCCAGGAGACCCAGUGUCAGCAGCAGGGCUCCCAGCUGACCCCAAACCCCACACCCAGCCCACUAGACACCUCUCCCCGCCGGCCCCCAGGCCCUGUCACCUCCCCCACCAGCCCUUCCCUUAGCAGCCCAGGUCAGCGGGAUGAUCUCAUUGCCAGUAUCCUGUCAGAGGUGGUUGUGGCCCCGUUGGACGAGCUUCGAGGCCACAAGGCUCUGGUGAAGCUCCGGAGCCGGCAAGAGCGGGACCUGAGGGAGCUGCACAAGAAGCAUCAGCGCAAGGCAUUUGCUCUCACUCGCCGGUUACUGGACAGCUUGGCUCAGGCCCAGGCGGAGAACAGGUGCCGGCAUCGGCCAGGAGUCCUAGGCAGGGAGGAUGAGAGGGAGGAGGAGGAGGAGAUGAAGCGGUAUCGAGAGUUCCAGAAGCGACAGGUGCAGAGUCUGCUGGAGCUGCGGGAGGCCCAGGCGGAUGCCGAAGCGGAGCGGAGGAUGGAGCACCUGAGACAGGCUCUGCAGCGGCUCAGGGAGAUUGUCCUGGAUGCUCACACGACUCAGGUCAAGAGGCUGAAGGAGAUGAACGACAGGGAGAAGAAGGAGCUGCAGAAGAUCCUGGAUAGGAAACGCCACAAUAGUAUCUCGGAGGCCAAGACAAGGGAGAAACAUAAGAAGGAGGCGGAACUGACAGAGAUUAACCGUCGCCAUAUCACUGAGUCGGUCAACUCUAUCCGUCGGCUGGAGGAGGCCCAGAAGCAGCGGCAUGAACGCCUCAUGGCUGGGCAGCAGCAGGUCCUACAGCAGCUGGUGGAAGAGGAACCCAAGCUGCUGGCUCAGCUAGCCCAGGAAUGUCAGGAGCAGCGGGCCAGGCUGCCCCAGGAGAUCCGCCGGAGCCUGCUGGGCGAGACGCCGGAGGGGCUGGGGGACGGACAUCUGGUGGCCUGUGCCAGCAAUGGUCAUGCGCCUGGGAGCAGUGGGCACCUAUCCGGCGCUGACUCGGAGAGCCAAGAGGAGAAUACGAAGCUCUGAACUGGCUGAGCAAGAGGUGGCCACAGGGCCAGGGUGGGCACUGGGAGGAGGGCCGGAAGCUAAGACACUAAUGCCUUUUUAAAAAAACUUUUUAUCUUUAGAAAUUUUAUUUUUUUAAACUGAGGCGAGCACCCCACACUAACUUCCUUCCUUCACCCUCUUGGGGCCCCAUUAGUCCCUAGCCCCUCCUUCCUGCCCUUAGUCCUAGAGAAGGUACUGGGUCACUUGGGGCCAAAAGAGCUUGGGUAGGACCCUCGCCCCCCAUGACACCCACACCCCAGAGUGGGAAUUAUCUCCCCCACUUCCCUUGGGAACACCGUGUGGAGACCUAGAGCUCUGGGAAGUAGGGGUCACAUUCUUUCUCUAUUCUCUGGGGACUUUUUUUACAUGAAUAAAAGUGGA